AUGAGUGGAAGACCAUUUAAUUUGGCAGAACGGAAAGCUAAUGCCCAUUCUGUAGUAGAAUGUGAUCAUGUACGAAAAGAAGUUAGUGUACGAACUGGAGGAUUGGCUGACAAGAGCUCAAGGAAAACAUAUACUUUUGAUAUGGUUUUUGGAGCUUCUACUAAACAAAUUGAUGUUUACCGAAGUGUUGUUUGUCCAAUUCUGGAUGAAGUUAUUAUGGGUUAUAAUUGCACUAUUUUUGCAUAUGGCCAAACUGGCACUGGAAAAACCUUUACAAUGGAAGGUGAGAGGUCACCUAAUGAAGAGUACACUUGGGAGGAGGAUCCCUUGGCUGGUAUAAUUCCACGUACUCUUCAUCAAAUUUUUGAGAAACUUACUGAUAAUGGUACUGAAUUUUCAGUCAAAGUGUCUCUGUUGGAAAUCUAUAAUGAAGAACUUUUUGAUCUCCUUAAUCCAUCUUCUGAUGUUUCUGAGAGACUGCAGAUGUUUGAUGAUCCCCGUAACAAGAGGGGAGUGAUAAUCAAAGGUUUAGAAGAAAUUACAGUACACAACAAGGAUGAAGUCUAUCAGAUUUUGGAGAAGGGAGCAGCAAAACGGACAACUGCAGCAACUCUGAUGAAUGCAUACUCCAGUCGUUCCCACUCAGUUUUCUCUGUUACAAUACAUAUGAAAGAAACUACAAUUGAUGGAGAGGAGCUUGUUAAAAUUGGAAAGUUGAACUUGGUUGAUCUUGCGGGAAGUGAGAACAUUGGCCGUUCUGGAGCAGUUGACAAGAGAGCCCGGGAAGCUGGAAAUAUCAAUCAAUCCCUUUUGACUUUGGGAAGGGUUAUUACUGCUCUUGUAGAAAGAACACCUCAUGUUCCUUAUCGAGAAUCUAAACUAACUAGAAUCCUCCAGGAUUCUCUUGGGGGACGUACAAGAACAUCUAUAAUUGCAACAAUUUCUCCUGCAUCUCUCAAUCUUGAGGAAACUCUGAGUACAUUGGAAUAUGCUCAUAGAGCAAAGAACAUACUAAAUAAGCCUGAAGUUAACCAGAAACUCACCAAAAGAGCUCUUAUUAAGGAAUAUACAGAAGAGAUAGAGCGUCUGAAACGAGAUCUUGCUGCAGCCCGUGAGAAAAAUGGGGUGUACAUUUCUGAAGAAAAUUUUAGAGCCAUGAGUGGAAAACUAACUGUUCAAGAAGAACAGAUUGUAGAAUUGAUUGAAAAAAUUGGUGCCAUUGAGGAGGAGCUAAAUAGGGUUACAGAGUUAUUUAUGGACAAUAAAAAUGAACUUGACCAGUGUAAGUCUGACCUGCAAAAUAAGACACAGGAACUUGAAACCACUCAAAAACAUUUACAAGAAACUAAAUUACAACUUGUUGAAGAAGAGUAUAUUACAUCAGCUUUGGAAAGUACUGAGGAGAAACUUCAUGAUGCUGCCAGCAGGUUGCUUACCACAGUUGAAGAAACUACAAAAGAUGUAUCUGGUCUCCAUUCCAAACUGGAUCGUAAGAAGGCAAUCGAUCAGCACAAUGCAGAAGCUCAGGAUAUUUUUGGCAAAAACCUGAAUAGUCUGUUCAGUAAUAUGGAAGAAUUAAUUAAGGAUAGCAGCUCAAAACAAAAGGCCAUGCUAGAGACUCACAAGACUUUGUUUGGUAACCUGCUGUCUUCCAGUGUCUCUGCAUUAGACACAAUUACUACAACAGCACUUGGAUCUCUCACAUCUGUUCCAGAAAAUGUGUCUAUACGUGUUUCUCAGAUUUCUAAUAGGAUAUUAAAAGAACAAUCAUUAGCAGCAGAAAGUAAAACUGUACUUCAGACAUUGAUUGUUAGUAAAUCUCUUAAAGUAUUUUUCAAGUGUUACUUUGCUAAGCCUUCAAAAACAAUGACAUCUAAGGAUAUAAUCAGCAAAACAGCCUCUCAUAGUACACAGUUUUGUGCUGAUUGUGAUGGCUUGUCACAGGAACUCAGAUGCUGUAACCAAGAAGGUACAAAAUUGGUUGAAGAGUCUGUGAAACACUGUGAUAAACUCAGUAGCAACCUUGAAGUAGUAUCUCAAGAGACUGAACAGAGAUGCGAGGCCCUGGACGCAAGCACGCUUGCUUUUUCUGAACAGUGGGUAUCUUGCUUAAACAAAAGGGAAGAAGAACUUCAGAACUUAUUGGAGGUUAUAAACCAAGGCUGUAAGGCUGCAAGUUCAGAGAUAACUGAAAAAUUAAAUGGACAUAAAGCAGCUAAUGAGAACCAGCAUAACACUUUUUUUGGUCAGAUAACUACUGACGAAGAAAAGUUAAUGGCACAAAGUCUAGAACUUAACGAAACCAUAAAAAUGGGUUUGACUAAGCUUAAUUGCUUUCUACAACAGGACCUGAAACUGGAUAUCCCAACAGGUACGACACCACAGAGGAAAAAUUACCUCUACCCAUCAACGCUGGUGAGAACCGAACCACGUGAACAGCUCCUUGAUCAGCUGAAAAGGAAGCAGCCUGAACUGUUAAUGAUGCUAGACUGCUCAGAAAACAACAAGGAAGAGAUCAGUCAGGACUUGGAUGAAGAAAAGUCAGUUCUAGGGCACUCUGUUGAAGAACUUCCAGGUCAAGAGCCAUCUAUAGAUGCUAGUGUGGAUUGUUCAUCAAGUGGUGGGAUUCCGUUUUUCCAGCAUAAAAAAUCACAUGGAAAAGACAAAGAAAACAGAGGCAUUAAUUCAGUGGAGAGGUCUAAAGUGGAAGAAACUACAGAGCAUUCUGUUACAAGGAGCAGACUACCUCUACGAGCCCAGAUAAAUCUUUAGUUAACUUGAGGGAUUGGUGAUUCUAUUUUUAAGAAAAAUGAAAAAUAAAACCUGUAACUCCAGAACUUGAGCCUUAUGUAUAGAUGAAAAACAAAUGGAAAAUAUCAAGGCAAUACUGUAAAUUCAGUUGGAUUUAAUAUGUCUACUCAUUUUUCUGUCAUCCCUGUAGUUCACUGUGUAUUAAGUUGGGUUUUAUUUGGGACUUGCAUUGAGUAAAUACAUAUUUUUAGCUUUUGAUAUAAAAUAACCCUUUCCUAAAAAAUGAAAAAUAUUUUUCUCAAAAAAAAUAAUAAAAAAAAGGAAAAAUAUUUUUCUUGUAUUUCACUAGGCAGCAUAUAUAUAGAAGUUGUACUGUUCUUCUAGGCUUUAACUUACAUAGGUAAAUAUUGCCAACUCGGUCUUGGGAAGGACCAUCUCUACUUUUCUUGCUAUGAUUGAAUUAUGUCUGUAUCUGCUUGCCUCCUUCCCUAGACUUUUCCAUUCUGCAUUCUCAGCUCAUUUUGUCCUUUUUCAUUUGUGACCAAACCACUUGUAGAGCUACAAAAUGGUAUCCAUUCUUAUUAUGAGAUAGUGUGAAUUUUACCUAGAAGUCUUUUAACACUUUCUGUGGUUCUAAAAUUACUGUCAACAAUAAACAUAACUCUAGAAGUAGUCCUUCCUUCAAUAUUUUUAGUUUGUUUCCCCCUAGAUAUAAAAGCAUUCCUUUAUGAGGCCUAACACAUUAGCCCCCACAGAGUUCGUAAAAAGCCAGCUUCUCUAGAAUAUAGAUUACUCUUAUGGGAGAACUACCAAGAGUUCUGAUUAAUGGCUGUGUGGCCUAUGUGUUGUGCAGAAGGUCCCAGUGAUUUAAGGGCUUUUUGGAACUAUUAAUUAUGACUAUAAUUUAUAUCUCUUUGCUUACCUGAUGAAACUUUGUUCUUUGUAUAUAAUAAAAUAUGUAUAUGUAUAUUUUUCUUUAGUGAAAUCUUAACCCUUAGAAGGGUCCUGACAAUUUUGAUCUUGCAGCCAAAUUUCUGGAAGUUGAGAUUUUUCAGCAUGAAGAGCAAGCACACUUAGAAGGAAUAUAGGCAAAGAAAAAAUUUUGUGCCUAUAUCAAGUUAAGUAUAUACAUUUAGAGAGAUUUGACUGUGAUAGCUAAGUAAAGUCAAACCCAAUUGGAGAAUUAGAAAAUGUGCUACUUCAAGGAACUAAAUUUACCUUGCAGAAGUAUUAAUCACCUUAAUAAAAAUAAUGAUACAGUUUCUCUGCAAAAUCAGAUGUCAACAUAAGCUAUGGAUAAUAUCUAACAAAAUAAACUGCCCUCAGUAAAUCCAUUAAUAAAUUUGGUUUCUACAUUAA